UGUAGAAUCUAUGAUUCUAUGAUUGACAGUGACAUGAUAUGAUUUGACAGCUAACAGCUGAUGUUGUGUUGAGCUGGUGCACGCUGGUUUGUUUACUAACAAUUUUCAGUGAAAGAUUCGCAUUAAUUAAAACUCCAUACGUGGAAUGUUAGUCAAUAUGACUUGAACCAAAUCUUGGAUAAGUACAAACAUUCAUACAUCAUGUCUAAUCAAGAAGUAUUACAAGAGUAUUCAGAUUCUAUUAAGAAUCUCAAGAAACAGUGUAUUGACGCGGGUAUGAGUGAAGAAGAAUUCAAACUGAUGUACUUCCAAACUCUUAAAACACUGGAAAAUAAUGGCCGGCCAGAAAACAAUACUCGCCGUUCUAUUUUCAAAUACUUUCUCAUACUUCUAGGUGUUUUUAUUGUAUUGUACACUUUAUAUUAUUCUAAGGCUGUCUACAGUAGUAUAGUAUGCAAUCUUCAAGAGUAUAUUUAUCCUGGUUUAAAGCUCUUGAGAAGACUAUCCAUUCCGUUUAUAUCUUUAUUCCCAUCUUUGACAGAGUAUUAUCACGAAACAUGUUUAAUUCAAAACCCCUACUUUGCUGUGGUAGACAUGGACUGUUGGCCUUGCAGUACAGUCAACAAUAUCAGGGAAGUAAAUGACCCCAUCCCUGUUAAUCAACAACAAACAGCACCCUUUAUUUAUGAGACUGAACAACAAGUUAUAAAUAUGGAAGCCCUGAAGAAAAUGUACACAAAAAAUAAAAAUAUAUUUGAUAAAGAAUCUCCUAAAAUUUUAACAAAUAAUAAAUAUUAUAUAAGUCCAGAUGAUUUAUUUAACCAGAGAAUAGAUGACAAGAAUUUUUAUAUUUGGAAAUUCAAUAAUAUGAAUGUGGCAAAGCUGCUUCGACAAAUCAUCCCUAGACCUAAAGUUGUGCCAAAGUUUGGACAAAGUACUGAACGAUUUAUCAUAGUUGAUAGUAGUCAGCAGACUUUUAAUAUACCAGAUACUGAAUGCAGUUUCUCAUUCCUACUGGCAUUAAGUGGGUCUAGGGAGAUCAAUUUGGUACCAGCUGAAGAAUGCAAGCAUCAAUGUAAAUCACUCAAACUUGAAUUAAAGGAGACUUAUUUAUUAUGGUAUAAUUGGUGGUACUGGCGACCGGCAGUGCAGCAAUCUAUGGGCAAUCACACCUUCAUUGCCCAUGUCGGCUCAUACUGCUGACAAAGGAUGAAAUACCAAAGAAUAAAAACAAUUGAAUGGAAUGUACAAAACACCAAUUUAUUAACAAAAUAAAUAAAAUUAACUAAA